AUGUUUUCAAACAACAAAAUAUCUCCUUUACCGAACAACGGCGUUGUUGACGAUUCCUCUGGAUCGCAGGUGAGCCAAAGAAGGCAGGCCGUGGUGACCGUGGAACAAAAUUCUCAGAUAUGGACUCCACAUCUGAGCGAACGGUUAAGAAGAAGGACGGAAUUCGGCGAGUUAAAGCCAACAAAAAAAAGCAGUGGCAAUCUUGAACAGAAAAUUAUACAAAUCAGACGCUUUCUACGGGAAGUGGCCUUUAAGUUAGAACCUUGGCGCGAAUCAGUAAAGGCUAUUGAAGGUCAUCAUGGCAGCGGAGUCGCUUCUUAUUUCCUCUUUUUGCGAUGGAGUAUCUAUCUUAAUUUUGGCUUCUUUAUGCUCCUCUUUGGCCUCAUCGUUAUUCCACAGGUGGCCUUUAAAAAAAAAAAUUAUACCACGGCUGUUUUAGGAAUCAACAGCAGUUACGUUCAUGUCAACUACUCACAGCACUGUUCACAGCAAUACAUUUUGAACUAUAGUUCAACAAGUGUGUCAGAAAUAUUACUGGACUUUCUGCAAGGAACGGGGUGGAUGGAAAAGACGCCACUUUUCUACGGCUACUAUGAAGGAAAAGAACUCAACUAUGAUAAGUCGUACAUCAUUCCAUUAGCUUAUAUCCUUGUCUGCAUCUUUUCUCUCAUUUAUAGCGUGAUUAUGAUGGCAAAGAAAUCUGCCUCUAAUUUUCAAGACAGCAUUUAUGAUGCAACACCUUCUAGCCAUUAUCAGUUUUUUACUCUGGUAUUUCUCAGCUGGGAUUACACAAUGACCGAUGAAAUCAGUGCCAAGUUAAAACUGAAAAGUCUAAAAAAACAAAUAAUUUCUGAGCUAACUGAUAAGCAAUAUAGACAGAAAAGGAAAAAUCUGACAACUUACCAAUAUGCACGAAUCAUCUUUAUUCGAGUCCUUGUCAAUAUAUUUGUGCUUUUGUGUCUGGGCACUGGUGCCUACCUCAUCUACUUCACAACACAGUUUACUACAUUCCAUGUAAAACCUGACGAGUUCCACGGACAUCAUGAAAGCGUUCGCUUUCUAGUAGAAUAUCUUCCAUCUAUUACAAUAUCAGCAUUAAAUGGAUUUAUUCCAUUUGUGUUUUCUUUUAUCACUAAAGUAGAAGACUACCUGCCUCAAAACCAAGUGAUAAUUAUAUUAAUCAGAACUAUUCUACUCCGUCUUGCAUCUCUAAUAUUCUUGGUAGCCAGUCUCUACAAAGAAGUUAUGUGCACACCAAAAGACAAUUGUAAUGUUGGGGUGGCUGAUUGUCCACCUUUAAGGUGCUGGGAGACAUAUAUUGGACAACAAUUUUACAAGUUGGUCAUUAUGGAUUUCUUAAUCUCAUUCAGCCUGUGCGUCAUCGUGGAACCACUACGCAAGUUAUUCUCUCGAUGCCUCAAGAUAAGUUCCCUGGAACCUCAGUUCGACGUUCCAAAAAAUGUAUUGGAUCUCGUCUAUACCCAGUCUCUUUCUUGGUUGGGAUUCUUUUUUGCGCCUCUUUUGCCCUGUAUGGUUUUGCUGAAGUUUUUUGGCACGUUCUAUCUUAAAAAGCUUUCAGCCCUCAAGUGGUGUGCUGCCCUCGAAAAGCCUUACAAGGCUUCCAAGUCGCAGUCUUUGUUUGCUACAGUCCUUAUGAUCUCAUUUUUUUUCUGCUGUUUACCAAUUGGGUACAUAAUCUGCUAUGUUCCUCCAUCCAGAAGCUGUGGCCCAUUUCGUGUCUACAACAAUAUGUAUGACAUACUGACUAUCACUGUAGAACUUUGGCCAUUAACCGCAUCUAUGAUCGUCCGGUUCCUCUCUUCUAGUGCCUUCAUAUUGACUAUAAUAGUCAUUCUGAUAUUGUUUCUAUAUCACUGUGCACAGAGAGGUUCAGCUCAAAACGAGACAAUUAAGUUACUUAGAAAACAACUUAACGCGGAAAGGAAAGAAAAGUUUUAUUUUAUGAUGGAAGCGAAUAACACGGCCACAAUUGUAGCAGAGAAUAAAGCAUCAAGAAAACAGUAA